AUGGCUGCCAACGAAUACUACCAUGCGAACAUCCCCAAUCCGCCCAGCUACGAUCAAGUGACCGGCGGACAUGCUGGAAACCCUUCCCAACUCAACACCAACACCCCUGGGUACGGCUUCCAGAGCCACAGUCCCGUGAGCUCAAACAGCCACCACGACGACCUAUCCACCCCCUAUCACAACCGUGAGAGUCAACAUUCACUACAAUCAGAUGGCGGAGCAUACCCGACCGCUGGACGGGUCGCUGAUGGCGACCACUAUGCAGAGAAUAUCCCCCUGAAGGCCCAGACGCAGUUUGGGAAUAACCCGGAAUGGAUGCACCAGCAGACACAAUACCCGCCGCCCUCGCCAGGGGCCUUGGAGGACCGGCGACGAAGAGAUGAUCAGAAUAAGAAGGGUUUCUUCCGGAAGAAGCCUGCGUGGGUGACCUGGACCUUGACAUUGGCGCAGGUUAUCGUGUUUAUCGUGGAAUUGGUGAAAAAUGGCACUUUGACUGGAUCGCCAAUCGAGACCAAGCCUUCGUUUAACGUCAUGAUCGGUCCAUCACCAUAUGUCCAAAUCUACAUGGGCGCUCGCUACGAUCCCUGCAUGAAGAAUAUUCCCGGUGUCCAAAACUCCACCGUUCGCAUCGACUGGCCCUGCCCCAAUACCACCUCAAGCACAUAUGACUGCAAUCUCUCGGACUUGUGUGGGUUUGGUGGUGUGCCAAACCCCAAGGUAGGCGGUUCACUCGAUGACAAGCCGGAGCCCAACCAGUGGUUCCGCUUUAUCGUCCCCAUUUUCUUGCACGGUGGUUUCAUCCACAUCGGUUUCAAUCUUUUGGUGCAAUUGACCAUGGGCGCGGACAUGGAGCGCCUGAUUGGAAUGUGGCGGUACACCCUGACCUACUUCGCCAGCGGUAUCUUCGGUUACGUCUUUGGUGGAAACUAUGCCUCGCAGCUGCAGCCAAGUACUGGGUGCUCCGGUGCGCUAUUCGGUAUCAUGGCUCUUACCCUCCUGGAACUGCUAUACGACUGGCCCCAACGUGAAUCCCCAUGGAUAGAGUUACUCAUUAUGGUAUUCGGAGUAGCCGUUUCAUUCGUCCUCGGCCUGCUCCCAGGUCUGGACAACUUCUCCCAUAUUGGCGGUUUCAUUAUGGGUCUGGCCAUGGGAUUGUCUCUCCUGCGCUCACCCAAUGCCCUGCGUGAGCGCAUCGGGCUCGCUCGCCAGCCCUACGUCGCCAUGAGCGGCGGUGCUGGAGCCGACCCCGCCGACAAGCGGAAAACCACCUCCAUUAUGGACUUUUUCAAGGGUAAGGGCAACAUGGUCUCGUCUUCUAGCGGAGAGGGCGAGACCAAAGGCCCGCUCCACUUCUUUAAGGGCCGUAAGCCUCUGUGGUGGGCCUGGUGGCUGGUGCGCGCGGGUGCGCUGGUCGUGGUGCUGGUUGCAUUUAUCAUAUUGAUUGUUGAUUUCUACAAAUACCCUUCGUCGAACUGCUCUUGGUGCUACCGGUUGAGUUGCCUGCCCGUCAAUGGCUGGUGCAAGCAGGAUACCCUGCAGUCCUCGGAGACGACUACUAGCAACUAG